AUCACUCCAACUGUUUAGAAAAAUGUGUUCCUCCUACGCUGGGAUUUUGCAUGUCAUUUCCUAAAAGGAACUGAAAGAAUUACAUUUUACAUUUAUUAACUUGUGGGCUCUAUUGUUUGUUUAAUUUAUCACUGAAUGUGCGCGUGUUCUUCCGCCCGUCUCGAGCACCGUAACUUCAAGCUUUUUCCGAGAGUUGCACGGGAUAGAAAUAUGGAGGAAAGUUUUUUCCAAAAUAUUUUACGCUUCUAUGGCGAAAUCAACUCGCUCUCCACGGAAAAUCUGGAAAACUUUCUGUAUCUCCUCACGAGCCGACACUCGACAUCUAUCGAAAAUGACGCCAACCCGCUGAAGAACUCAGAGUGUUUAUCAUUGUCAGAGCUGCUGUCUUCCUUUGGGUUGGGUAAUGCUUCUGUGGUCAAUCUAGAUGAUCUGCAGUUGAUGUGUCCAGCUAUUCUCACUCAGGUCCUGUUACCUGGCUGCCCUCACACAUCUCCCUCUGACCAAAAAGCCCCUGACCACAAAGUUUGGGGUUAUGGGUUCCUGGCUGUGACCGUGAUAAACUUGGCUGCUCUGUUGGGUUUACUUCUGGUGCCUUUUACCAAAAAAACAUAUUUUCCAAAAGUCUUGACUUACUUCAUUGGACUGGCCAUUGGAACACUGUUUUCAAAUGCUGUACUGCAACUCAUCCCAGAGGCCCUUGGCUUAGAUCCCAAAGAUGAUAACUACGUGCUGAAUGCAGUUGGGAUUUUUGGUGGGUUUUAUCUCCUGUUCAUCACGGAGCGAAUUUUAAAGAUGGCACUGAAAACAGAUACAGAGCUUGGACACAGUCAUUUUCCUCCCCUGCAGUCAGCUGAUAUUGCCAUCACCACAUUCAGCAAUGACAUUGUCAUAAGCAACAUUGGCAGUGACAUCAAUACAAACAACACCAAUCAUGAAAUCAACACUAAUAUCUCUAAUGAGAAGUCCAGCAGCGCAGUUGAGAGUCCAGCAAUUGAACAGAAUGCAUGCUUGUUGUUGAGUUGUCGCUGGCUGAGAGGGGGCCAAAUGUCUAACAUCAAGACUGUGGCUUGGAUGAUCACUCUCACUGAUGCGCUACAUAACUUCAUAGAUGGUCUGGCCAUCGGAGCAUCCUUCACCCUCUCCCUCCUCACAGGCUUCAGCACCUCUAUUGCCAUCUUCUGUGAAGAGUUUCCUCAUGAGCUGGGUGAUUUUGUAAUUCUGUUGAACUCGGGCAUGAGUGUGGCACAGGCAGCAUGUUUUAAUUUGCUGUCAGCUAUGUGCUGUUAUCUUGGUCUUGCACUUGGAAUCCUGCUUGGCAACAAUUUUGCACCAAAUCCAAUCUUUGCUAUUGCUGGUGGAAUGUUCCUCUACAUCGCCCUUGCAGACAUGUUCCCAGAGAUGAACAGUAUCAUGGCAGGACAAACCAGAGGUUAUCGAGAAAAGCUUGUGUUCUUCCUGAUCCAAAAUGCUGGACUGCUCUCUGGAUUUGCUGUAAUUCUGCUUAUUACCAUGUUUGCUGGAGAAAUCAAUCUGGGCUAGCAAGAGAGGAUCAUAUGAAAAAGAAGGGAGACAAAGAACGAUUGUUUUCAAUGCCCGAAACCAAAAACUUGAGACAGAGACUGAUAGUUUUUUUUAAUCAUUUGUAUACUUGAAUUGUACUUUAUUUGCUGUUGAUAAAUGUAACACAAUCCUGUGGUCCUGCAAGAUCAUUUUUGUAAUAUUGUAUGAGAUUUUUCCAAUUUUCUUUUUUUUUUUUUUAUGUGAGUGUGUCCUAGUGUCUAAGUUGGCAACAAUACCCUGCUGUGUGUUGAGGAAUUCCUUAGUGGCAGUGGCAGCCUAGCACAGAGUAUCUGAGCGGCUUUGUAGUCCAAAAUGCCAAAACUGCAGCCUAGCUUAGACACCUUUCUAGUGAAACUGGUUGUAUCAUGUUUACAUAGCCUGUGAAUUUGUCUCUUCUAUUGUGCAGGUGAUGAAAGAUAAUUGCUGGAUGGUUGUGUGCCUUGGUGUGUCUCUUACACAGCUUGUCUCAUUGAGCAUAAAGUUGCAUGCCUAUGUUUAUUACAACCUUGUUUUUUGUACCUUGCUGAUAGGAGCAAACUGAUAAUGUCGAAAGGCCCGCCACCCUUUGGCUUAGAUGUUUUAUCUGGUUAGUACUGUGUGUAUUAUUUAAAGUAAUAGAACGAAUAUAUUACAACAUGCUUGUUUUUAUUCUGUAUCUCUCUUAGAGUGAGUGGAGUGGUUGUGUUCUUACUCUCACAGAUCCAAAUAUAAACCCAAAGUAAUAUAAUUAAUAUCUAUAGUGGUAUGGAAACCCCUCACAAAAUUAAUUGUCAAUUCACGGUGUUAUUUAAAGUAUUGUACACUCUCUGAGAACUUUAUUAGGAUCACAGUGUUCCUAAUAAAGAUCCCAACGUGGUCUUCUGCU